CAGGUCCCAGGAAAAAUGAUUUUUACCUACAUGCACUUCCCUAAUUAGUCACGCGCUCGCCAACGUGCACGGAUUCCGAUCGGAGGCGAUUGUUGGAAUGAUGAGCAGGCAUUGAUUCACUGCAAGGUAGGUGAUACCCUAUGCAAUCACGUUUGAAGAAAACUGCUACCUUUCAUCGCUGCCUGAGAUAAGUUCGUGCAAACCGCUUGAAUAACUAUACAUAUAAUGACGCGCAUGAAAAUACUUGUAAUCGUUCUACAAUAAACCAAAUGGUCUUAUUGUUAGUUACACACAGAUGCGCGAAAUGAUUUUCUUUCUCUCCCCCUCUUUAUCCCGCCACCAGUGACGUCUCGUUUAAUCGCGGUGCCGAGCAUCUCCUAUUUAAGAAAAAAAUGCCUUCGCCUGAAGCACGAUGCACCUGAACAGAGUUCGCUAUAUCUGUAAACGACUUCAUAGAACCAAUGGAAAUUAACGAGUUGAAAUGAUGUACGAGACCUGAGGAUAUAAAUAAACUACACAAGUAAAAGUAAAACCUUUCGAACCGCUCAUCCAACUAAACAGAAUACAUAACGGAGUACAUUUUCAGAAGAUGUGCUUUCCUUUCCAAAACUACUUUUCCUUUCAAAUCACGUAUACCGUAUAUGUAUUAUUCGUGGCAUCGACGGACAACGCUGCGUGUUCUUCCAUUCCGGAAAUUCGAGCCUUCGAGCGUACAAAAAAGGGUCGCUUAGAAAGGCUCGUGGAAUGACCAUGAAGUUCGCCCUAAGGAAGGUACACAAUGGUCCGUCCCUGGAUUGGAGAGUCUCCCGGCCCAUUCCAUUUGGCGUCGUCUCUCGUCGCGUACAUCGGCCGCCGGAGGAAGCAUUCCAUUCAUGUUUCGGGACGCGCAGCGGACGCUGAUCGGAAAGCAAGAGAGAGACAGAGCUGGAUAACCGGGAUUGGACUCUUCGCGAAGUCUAGUCUGGCGCCACCGUCAGGAACAACGACCUGACGAUACGCGCUCGCGUUGACGAUUGACGACAAAACUUGAGAAUUUUUAACCACGUGGUGCUAUUGCAUACGAGUUCACCGAGGUCAAUCUGAUUUUUGACUAGAAAACGACAGGAUUGUAGGAACGUUCGUACAAGGUAAAAUCCGAUAUGUUGUAAUGGCUGGAACAUCGCGACGUUCAAGCUCAGAGGUCGGACCUGAUCUGUCCCCGACACCUCCGAAGAAAUCGAGAUUUUUCGGUGUGUCCAGCGAAGGCACAUCAAAGGGUGAGCAUGAUCUAAGCAAGGAGGAACUAGAGUGCGUCGAAAAGUUAGCGAGCUCGUUGGCAGCCUCGUUAGCUGAGAACGCGAUAGGACUGAUAUCCGGUAAUGCGUCCAAGAUAAAGGCGCUCCGCAUCAGCGAAGACGCAUUGAAUAGUACGAAGCAGUUGAUCCAAUCUAGUUUGGAUGGGCCAUCGAAAUUGAUGCCUAGUUCUUCGAGAGAAGAACAAUUCGGUAGCUUCGAAACGAUCGUGCAAAUGGGAUUCAGCGGCCGGGAGGAAUUUCCUAUUCGUACUAUCAGCAUGGCCGAGUCGGAACAUGAUUUACACAUUGAGGCUUCAUUGCUCGGCGAGGAUGCAGUGUAUCAGCAUUUGUCUUUGAUCGGUAACGGCGCUUACGGUACUGUCUAUAGCGCCAAAGACAAGAAUACAGGACACGUGGUGGCAUUGAAGAAAGUCAGACUUCCUCUAACACCUAAUGGUCUCCCCACAUCUACGCUAAGAGAAAUCGCUACCUUGAAACAACUCGAAAGAUUCGAGCAUCCGCACAUCGUCAGACUACUAGAUGUUUGUCAAGGGAAUUACCUACAUUUUUCUCCUGAUGAUGAAGCGUUGAACACAAUACCCCGUGGGCUAACGUUGUGGCUGGUAUUCGAACAUGUCGAACAGGAUUUGGAAACAUAUAUAGCUUCUUGCCGAGAGACGGGCAUAUCGCCGCAUCUGGUGAAGCAGAUGUCGAAAGAGAUUGUUAGAGGCGUUGAAUUUUUACAUAGUCACAGGAUCAUACACAGAGACUUGAAACCUCAAAAUAUACUGGUGUCUAAAGAAGGAAUGAUAAAGAUAGCAGAUUUUGGUUUGGCAAAGACAUAUGAUUUUGAAAUGAGAUUGACUUCUGUGGUCGUGACGCAAUGGUAUCGCUCUCCAGAAGUACUUUUGGGCUGCUCUUACGCAACACCCAUCGAUAUUUGGUCCGUAGGAUGUGUAUUGGCCGAAUUGAACAGACUAGAACCGCUAUUCCCGGGUACGAGCGAAGGUGAUCAACUCGACAGGAUUUUCCAAAUUAUUGGAACUCCGUCACAAGAGGACUGGCCCGAGAGCGUAUCCCUUAGUUACGCUGCAUUUCCUUAUAGACAACCAAAACCUCUGGCGGCAAUAAUACCUGAUCUCAAUGAACAGGGCCUAGAUUUAAUUAAAAACAUGCUUACUUUUGACCCUCAUAAACGAUUAACAGCAGCUCGGGCUCUAAGACAUCGGUAUUUCACUGAGGAUGAAUCGUGAUGAUUUUUCUUUGUGAGUAUUUUUGAGCCUUUUUAAUCAUUUCUUUAAAUGCAGACUGACAUUACGGUAUCCAAAAGUACGUAUUAUUUUUAAGUACAUGUCAGAAUUUUUUUUUAAGCGAAUAUUAUAGUUUGUUAUGAUACAAUUUGAAUCUUUGUAACCAUGCAUGCCUUAUGAAUAUUCUUUUCUCAUUUAAAAAUUAUAAUUGAAAAAUAAGUUAAGUAUACUUUAUGAAACAGUCAUCAUAUUUAAUUCAUACGACUGUUGCAUUAGUUUGAUGGGUUGUCGUCACUUAAUAGUACGCAAUCACUAUAUAUCUGGGUAUACGUAUAACGAUUCUCUAAUGAUAAUGAUUUUGGUAUGUUGUUUGUUUGGAUAAUUUUUCAAAUAUUAUAAUUAUUUUUGUUUUUUUAUCAUCUUUGAAUCCUACAGUAUCCUCAGUUUUGUUUAUGCAAUAGUACCUCGGAAACCACUCAUAGGAAAUAUUUUGUGUCAAACACAGAUAAGAUUGAUGAAUGCGCACCAAAUAUAAUUUCAUACAACAAUUAAAUAGGUGUGCCUUUGAAAGUUGCUCGAACGCUAUGCCUUCUAUCUAAUUAAACUUAAAAUUGUAUAAGCGUAUUAUUAAAUAGCAUUAUUCUUGUAAGACUGGGGCCUAUUGACCCGUUAGAUUCAUUCGCAAGACAUAGGAUCUACCGCGAGAAACCAGAAAGUACACUGCCAUAUACAAGUAAAGCAAAAAAUUAAUAGUUAAUAUUGUAUUUUAUGUUCACUAUGUGUAUAAACCUUGACUCCACGAAUAAUAUUUAUAUAUACCUAAUUGCGCAGUUUGUAAAAAGUGUGAAGAACCUUUGGAAAGACUGUACACAGACAACAGAAUAAAGAUUUUAUAGUUUUAUAUAUAAAAAAAAAAUAAAUAAACGACGAGAAAUCCAA